AAAUCAUCGUCUUACAUAGCGGCUACCCGAAGGAGAGCAGUGCCAGUGUUGGCGCUUCCACUAACGAGCAUUUCCACUGCUAGAGAUCGCUACAGCUGUUUCUGUCGAACCAUUCCAUCCGUCCGUCAUGGUAGAGCGCUUUUGUACUUGAAAUCGGUGUAUCGAUCUUGCCAUUGGCCUCGUGUCAACCUUGUGUUCGCCAUUACUGUAAAGGAGCUAGUUGGCGCUUAACUGAGGGGCGUAAAGCUUUAACCUCUGCUUCCACCAGCCGUUUGGCAACCUGUACCACCACGGCAUAGGUUCACGUUGACCUCCAAUCAUGUCUAUGCCCCAACCCUUGCGAGUAUCUUACACCGAGUUGCAAGGCCACGGGUGUAAUGUUGAGUCCAUCGAAGUCAUUUUCGACGAUCUUCGCCAAAGUAUCUCUCGGAAAGGAAAAUACCACUUUCGUGAGGAUUUCAGUCAACCUCUUCCGAGGCGAGACCAUUUCCUUCUCGAUUAUACAUCGAAAGUGGCGCUUUCUACCCAGGAGGGCCCCCGAGGUGAUCGAAGUCAAUGUUCAAGAUAUACUAUCCAAACUGCCGGCGCAAAAGUUUCAGACUGUGUGUAACCGGCUGGUCAUCACGAUUGGUCUGUCACCCAGCAGUGUCUCAGAUAACGCAGGCCCCAGUCGAGACCCUAAUUCCCUACACCCCACUACUGAGGAACUCCUUAACGAAUGUCCUCGUUUUCGGAUACUGGUGAUCGGACAGUCCGGUGUUGGGAAGUCUACACUGAUUAACAGAGCCUUUGGAAUCGAUCAAGCAUGCGUCGAAAAUUUCGAGCCAGGGAAAGCAGAUAUCGAGAAGGAACUCAUCUCACCGCAAAACGAUCGAUUCGUCUUGCAUGACAGUAAAGGUUUCGAGCCAGCGGAUGGCAACAACUGUGAGGAUGUGAAGUCAUUCAUAAACAAACGGAAGGAGCAGGAACAUGUCAAAGAUCAGCUGCAUGCGGUCUGGCUGUGUUUCCGAACACCUCUUGCACGUCAUGGAGAAAGGCUUCUGGAAGAGGGUGCAAAUACGUUCUUGCAAAAGGAUACGAGUGUUCUCCAGAAUAUUCCGACCAUCGUUGUCUUCACGAAAUUCGACAAGCUUCUAACCGACAUGGCAAUACAGAAAAAGGCAGACCCAGACGCAGCCGCAAAAGAGUAUCUCCAAGAGCAAUGCAUUCAGCCCAUUCAGGACAUUGUUAAAGACGCCAAGUUCUCUUAUGUUGCAGUCAGCUCGGACGUUGGACACGAGCAAGGGCGCAAGCAUUUAAUCGAACUCACCUACGAGAAGGUCACAGAGACUUUUGGGUCUCAGUUAGGUACACAAUCAGCAGUGUCGGUGGUCACUUUGAUGGCGCAGAGAACCUUGCCGCAUCUGAAGAUCGAGGGGUCAAUAGCUGUUGGAAAGCAGAGAUACUGGAGGACACUGGCUUCUAGUCCCAGUUUCCCAGGCUACACGAUUCAGGAAUGUCUUGAAGUCAUUCACACGGACAUUGUGUCUGUCUGGAAUUUUCAUGACCCAUCUCAAUAUCUCGGUAGUAAAGAAUUUCGAGAACUGAUGAUCAACAUGGUGGGGACAAUUGACGAAUCUACAACCGGAUCUGCCCGUCUCAUAUGCAGUAACACUUACAACACAAUAACCGAGGCUACUGCUCCCCUUGUGCUUUUAGUGCCCGUCAUUCUGCCAUUCGCCGUAGGCCUCGCUUUUGCACAGUGGGCUUAUGAAACCUAUCAGCGACUGAACAACGUCCACCAAAGGUUCAUGGCUUAUAUUGUCGACCUCAUACAUGUUUUGGAGAUUCUGUUCACGCUCACUGCCAACGACAACCAAAAGGAGCUUACACGCCGAGCCAUAAAAAUAGCUUUCAACGCAUAUCACGACUCGGAAAUGAUGCGCAAUGCUCACGCGCAGAUCAAGAAUUUUGAUUAUAAGAUACCGGGUCGCGACGCCGUCCUCGAGAAGAUUGUUUUCUUGGUCAGGAUGAGCCGUAUUGAUGAUGUUGACCUCUCCAGGACUCUUGGAAGGAUUUCACCGUCGGAACUUGGAACGAGACGAAGAGUGGCAUACCAAUGCUGACGGUCAAUAGGCUAGCUGAGAAUCGUUCAACCCUUAGCCGCAAGUUCAUUCGAAACGGAAUGUUUGGCUGCUUGGUACUGUAUAAUAGUGUUAUACCUGUGCAUUUACUGAAGUGUAUACCAUCACAAAC